UAUGACAAACCUACAAUAACAAAUUAAAGAGUGUAGAGAUGUUCUUGAAGCCCUUGAAUAUGCACCCUGUUCAGUCGAAGACCAUACUGGACAAAUUUGCUGCUGUUGAAAUACUUCAGGGGUAUUUGGAUUUUGUCAACAGAGGCGAAAGGCUAAAGCCACCUGCGGCAUCACCAACGGUGGCAUCACUGGAGGUGGUACGACUGGGGGUGGUACAACUGGUGGCUGUCCCGCUGGCUCAAGUUGAUUCUGCUGCUGCCCUCCGUCACCCAGAGGCGUGAAACUCGAACCCUCGGUGUUCACCGUGUGCACGCUCACGUGCUCCAUCUCCGGAACUACGGACCUGGAUUACGUCGAAAUCGAAUCGAUAGCUCGAACGGAAGACAAAUCAACGAAAUCAACCGAA